UUCUUGGUGGAUUAGCAAUUUUGACAUACCUACCUACUUAUGUUUCAUUAAGUUUACCGGAAACAUUAAAAAAAUAUUAAAAAAUGUCAAGAGAUAUCGUUGUUUUAACACCAAAUGGAAGAAGAGUAAAAGUUCAUUGUACAGCGGAUACAAAUAUUUUACAGCUCUUAGAAGAUGUAUGUGCUAAGCAAGGGCUUGAACCAAGUAAUUAUGAUUUAAAACAUCAUAAACAUAUUUUAGAUUUAACAACAACAGUAAGAUUCUGUAACUUGCCAAAUAAAGCUUUUCUUGAAAUGGUUGAAGCUGAAAAGAAACGAGUGGAAUCAAAUAUAACUGUAGGGCUCAUGUUAAAUGAUGGUGAAAGGAAGACUGGUGAUUUUACACCAAAUACAAAACUCUAUGAUCUAAUAAUGUCAUUGGCUCCAAAUGAACUGCCACAUUUACAAAACCCAACUAUUUCCUACAUGAGACAAGAAGUAACAGGUGUUAAUGCUUUAAAAGAAAAAUCUUUGCGACAGUUGGGCUUGAUAACAGGUAGAGCAAUUCUUCGGUUGCUGGAUAAAACAGAACCGAUGCAAGCAAAUGUAUCAUCAGUGUAUCAUCGAGUCAAAACUGAAAAACCAGAAAAUGCCUUAGUAACAUCAACUGAACCAACACAUUCUCAUAAUGAGGAUAAAUUAAAUGAUGAUGAGACAUUAAUACCAGGCCCCUCUAAUAAAAGAAAUAAUGAAAAUGUUGAACAUGGCUCCCUUGAUACAGUGAAAUUAAUACAAAAAGAAAAAAAGAAGAUAGAUGGUAAAUUAGAAAUGGACUUGCCUAAUGAACUCAACAAUGUUCAAAAUGUUAAAAAUGAAGAUCAGGAAACAUUACCUCUACUGCAUGAAAGUAAAAUUUCUCAUAAGCCACCACAACCUCAAAUAACUCAGGAGAAUCUCGAAAGACGUUUGAGAAUUGAAGAAGAAGUUACUUUUAUUGGAUCCCAAAAAGCCAUAGCUUUCAUGCAACCAGAUGGAAAUGAAGGAGAAUUAUCUGAUUUACCUGAUGAUUUUUAUGAGUUAACUAUUGAAGAAGUAAGAAAAAUCUACCAUGAAUUACAACAACGCCGUAUUGAACUUGAAAAUAUGCCAAUCCUUACUUCAACAAAACGAGAAGAAUUUGCACAGCAGGCCUCCCUUUCCAAAAUAAACAUGUACAAAAAUGUAGUAGUACGAAUACAAUUUCCGGAUAACAUUAUACUGCAAGGAGUGUUCACCCCAAACAAUACUAUAGAAGAAGUACAAAAUUUUGUUAAAGAGCAUCUACACAAUCAAGAUAAACCUUUUCAUAUUUUUACAACUACAUUAAAAGAAGAAUUAAAUCCAAAGACAACAUUAUUAGAAGCAAAAUUUGUACCAUGUGUUCAUAUGCAUUUCAAAUGGUUGGAAGAAAAUUCAGGUCAGCCAUAUUUAAGACAGGAAAUUUACUCUAAGAAGACAACAAAUGAUGCCGCUUGCAUUUUAGCUUCAAAGUAUCGUGCACCUAGCCGAAGAAAGUUGGAAAAUCCUCAUAACAGUUCACAACAAUCUAGCAUUGGAUCAUCUGUAUCUAAAAGUAAAGUACCUAAAUGGUUCAAAAAUUAAACAUGUCUGCUAAAUUAUUAAUAUGUUAUUUGUAUUUAUAUUAAGUUUUAUAGUCAUUGUUACUAAUACUGCACAUCAGAUUUUUUACUACAAAAAACCUGUUAUGUAAAAUGUUUUAUUUAUAUUGUAAUUUUCUUAGAAACAAUAUUGAAUACACAAUUAUUAAAUAAAACACUUAUUUUUGUUUGUAUAAAAAUUUUGGAUAUUAUUUUUGAUAGUAGGACACUGUAGGUUAGGACACUAUAAUAAA